CCGAAAUUCCAAGAACACACACAGACCACAAAAGGCGAGAUGGACCGUGAACGAUCUCAGCUGUCAAGUAAUUGACACAGCAAAGAAAAAAAAAAAGAUUUCACAAAUUUUUCCUGAGUAAUUGCAACGUCCAAAGUGAGAAAACAAGUAAAAAUUGCUAAAAACCGCUAAUAAACUUGUUCAGUUACGUUGUGCCACUCAACCAACUGCGACAAUGGCUUCGAUUAAUAAUUUACCAAACGAGAUCCUGGAGUUCAUAUUCAGUCUGCUUCCUCCGUAUCAGGAUCUGGAACAGUGCGCCUCAGUUUGCAAACGUUGGGUUUCUUUGGCCAACAAUGUACGAAUACGGAAAAAAGCAUGUCUACAGAAAGGACUGAUGGAUUUCAACCUCUGCUGGAAGGAGGAAAUUCUGACUGGUGGCCAAAUGCCUAGCAUAGCUGCCCGUUUCGCCCAUGCCAGCUCACUGCAUCGCAAUUCGAUGUACGUGUUCGGUGGAGCUUCAUCUUACGAUACGACCUUCAAUGACCUGUGGCGGUUCGAUCUAGGUCGGAGGGAGUGGACUCGCCCGAUUUCGAUGGGCACCUAUCCUUCCCCGAAGGCUGGUGCUUCGUUAGUAUGCUUCGAGAAUUUAUUGGUUCUGUUUGGUGGCUGGAGGCACUCUUAUACACCGUUUCAGAUGUGCACUUUAUUUGACGAGCUGCAUUUCUACAAUAUUGCUGAUAAUAGAUGGACAAUACACGUUCUUGCUUUUGGACCACCGCCAAUGACCGGUCAUUCGGCAACUGUGCAUCAGAACAAGAUGGUUGUAUUCGGCGGGUAUCAAAAAACCAUGGAGAAUAUUGGCACAACAAACGACAUUUGGGUACUGGAUUUGGAAAAAUUGACUUGGAAGAGGCCAACGGUUGGCGAACAAAAACCACCUGCUCGCUACGGUCAAUUUCAAAUGGCUAUCGGAAAGCAUCAUAUUCUGAUCUUAGGCGGAACUGGCGGAGUCAACAGAAUUUUCAACGAUGCUUGGUUACUGGAUAUGAGGAACGAUAUCUGGCGCUGGAGGAUCGUUCAGGUUAAAAACAAAAAGAGCACUGUGACCCAUAAUUGGAGCUAUCCUGCAUGUAAUGUUGGAUCUAAAAUCGUGGUUUUAGGACCAACUUCACCAAAUGAUUUCCAAAUCAUCCGACAGCAUAGACCCACAAAUCACGGACUUCACCCACCAAACCUGGGCAGAGCGAGACCUGCUAAUCAAGCCGAACGUAAUAGGGCUGCUGCGAAUGAACAAAACAUUCCGCCACGUCAAAAUCCUGUUCGAUCGCCUCCUCCUCCACCACUACCAGCGCCGAUAGCGCCAGCUCGUGCUCGAACCCCAUCCCCCACAAGCUCACGUCAACUGGAACCCCAGCCCGGCCCUUCGAGGCUAUCUAGCUCUAGCUCACCGACCCAAGCAACAGGUGGACCAUCGCGAUCACUUCCUCUGAUUCGCAGUCCCAUUUAUCGACAUCAGCAAGAUGAUGACCAUAUGCUGCCCAAACGGUUCAACCAAUCGACUCCCCCCGAUCACGGUCACAUGGCGAUGGCUGCCUUUAGCGUCCCUCCGGCAAAUCCGCCUCCUUCACAUGCAUCUCGUGAACGUCAAUUGGAACGACUUCGUAAAAUGGAGGAGAAAAUUUCUGCCAUGCGACGGAUAAAAGAACAGGAGCAGCGUGAACAAGAACAAGCAGCGGCUGCAGCUGCAAAAGCCGCCCAGGAACAAUCCGUCACGUCGAAACGGAUCAAACGCAACGGACUGGCCAUUUACGUGUGUGACAUCUCACAAUUGCUGGCUAACGAUGGGAAGAAUCCAAUUAUCGAGUGGCAGGAAACCAAAAACAGUGGUCUCAUAGUCGGAGCUCCCGAUCAUUUCACAUUUUCCACGAUGGUCGGUGGAACUGGAGAGCUGAUUGUGUUCGGUGGUUUGAACAAAAAUCCAAAAUCAGAAAGCUCCAGUGUAACAAAUUCUGUACAUUUACUAACCGUACCCACGACAGUGGUUUGAAAAACUACACAAAUUAUUGCUACAAUCGAGUAAA